AUGGAGGACUCCACCGUAACUACUGACACCACAAUCAUAACACCUACUGUCAACCUACAUAAUUAUUUAUUUACUGAACCGGAAAAGCCUGUAGAAGAGCUACUUGAGGCAGCGCAAGCUCGUAUCGAACAAUUAGAACAGCUGCUUUCAAAACAAUCUUUUUACAGACAACUGAAAGGGAUGUCAGACAAACGCGUUAGAUUCCAUACUGGCUUUUCGUCAUUUGCUAUUUUUGUGAGUACCUUCAAUGCCCUUAGACCCACAGCUGAAAGUAUGUUUUCAUGGUCCCAAGUACAGAGAGCACGAGCAAAAAGUGGGAAAGAUAUAAGUAACAUGAGAGACACUCUCAAGACAUGCAAACUUAGCUUAUUUGAUCAGUUUUAUUUAUGCAUUACUAAGCUGAGGCUGGGUACUUUUAAUGAGAAACUAGCCAGUGAAUUUGAUAUUUCUAUUUCAACUGUGAGUAGAGUUUUUAUUUCUUGGGUUAACUUUCUCUAUUUUGUUUUGGGAACCAUUCCUAUAUGGCCCUCUCGGGCAAAAAUUGACAAACAUAUGCCUAAGUGUUUUAAAUUGUUAUAUCCUAAAUGCCGUGGUAUUAUUGAUGCCUCAGAGAUCAAGGUACAAGCACCAUCUAGUAUGGUUUUGAAUAGCAAUUGCUAUUCAUCAUAUAAGAGCCACACAACUUACAAAGGCAAUGUUGUAAUAUCUCCAUCUGGGGAAAUUAUUCAUGUAAGUUCUCUUUUUGAAGGAAGUAUUUUGACAAGGAGCUUGUUAAGCAAUCAGGUUUGUUGAAUUUACUUGAGCCAGGUGAUCAAAUAAUGGCUGAUAAAGGAUUUACUAUAGAGGAUCUAUUAAAGCCAAUAGGUUGUGGAGUAGCAAUGCCUGCCUUUUUUGUCAAGUAAGGGUCAAUUUUCAAAGAAAGAACUUUCAACCAGUAAACAGAUACAUAAUUUAA